CCCGCGCAUGCGCCCCCCCGGCAGCUGGCACGCGCGCGUGUUGCAUGGAACCCGCAGAGCGCGCGCCGUUCGAACGGAUCCCUCCGGGGCGCCUUUCCCCCCUCCUGCCCCGCGUGAUGCGGCCCGCUGCGCUCCGGAGCCGCUCGGGCAACACGCCCGCCGAGCACAUGGCGCAGGAACAGCGCCCGCAGCAGCCCGGGACCCCGUGGAAAGCGACGCGGCUGGCUUUGAGACGGCUGGCCGAGAGCCUGAAAUGCGCCCUUUGUACUAACAUUCUGAAGAAACCUGUGAACCUAAGAAGUUGUGGACAUGUCUUCUGUCUAACUUGUGUAGGCAAUUGUGUUGGCGCAGCUUGCCCAAUAUGUCAGGUGCCAAUCACUAAACAGGAUGUGAAAAUAAACAGGAAACUGGACAACAUCAUCAAACUCUACAGCAAAUUGCAAACUCUGCAGGACAAGGACUUCUCAGAGUGUGAAGAUAACUCGCCUGCUUUGGGAAAGAAAGUUGGAGAGGCAGAAACUAAAAGGAAACAAAUCAAAAUGAGUUUCAGUCCUCGCAGUAGGAGGAUGAAAUUCACCCUGAAGACCAGCCCAAAGAAAUUAGAGCAGCUGAAGGAAUCUGUCAAGGACAGGGAGUCUUGUAACUUAGCCUCCAUCUAUGACUUUGUUUCUUCACCUCCUCAUGAGAAGCCUUUCAGAGAGGAACAGACACCUAAAUGUCACAAAACAGAAGAGGGGACUGUCCGCCGGAAGUCACGAUUGCUGAAAAAGGCCUCCCAGCAGCCGCCAGGGAAUUCUGUGGCGGCCUUUCCCAUGACGGACUCUACAGUUUCUUCCCCAUCUCUGCCAUUUCCUGGAAUAACAUCACCCCAAAGGAACUUGGAAGACUUUGCAUGUGCCAGUGAUCCAGAACAUCCAAAAGUGUCCAGGAGUUGUGAAGAAAGGGAGGCAUUCCUCAAGAAAUUUCCCAAAAACUUAUCAGCCAAGAGAAACCAUAAAGGGGAGACUUUACUCCAUACUACUUCUAUUGAGGGUAAUCUUUCUGCUGUUGAAUGCUUGUUGAAAAAGGGAGCUGAUCCCAACAUUAAAGAUUAUGCUGGUUGGACACCGCUGCAUGAAGCCUGUAAUCAUGGGCAUAAGCAGAUAGUUGAAUUACUGAUAAGACACGGGGCACUGCUGAAUGUGACUGGAUAUCAGAAUGAUAUGCCACUUCACGAUGCUGCCAGGAAUGGACAUAAGGAAAUUGUGGAACUGCUGCUUUUGCAUGGAGCUUCUCGAGACGCGGUUAAUAUAUUUGGUCACAAACCUGUGGAUUAUGCUGAAACAGAAGAGAUGAAAUUGCUUCUAAUGCAACCAGGACAUAAUGAUUCUUCUUCAGUUAUUCAGUAUGCAGAACACAUAAACCUAGAUUGCUGUAAAAAAGGGCCUCCGGUUCUUCUUGGGAGUGGUCUCGAUCCAGAUCAACAGCUGCGGUUAAACAAAUUGGCCACAAUUUUGAAGGUUAGAGUAUAUACAGAGUUCAACAGUUCUGUCACACAUGUUGUUAUUCCUGCGUAUCCUGUGCGAACUACUAUGAAGUGCAUGCUGGCACUUUUAUCUGGAUGUUGGAUCUUGACAUUUAAGUGGGUCGAAGCCAGCUUUGCGAGUGGCUCUUUCGAAGAAGAAGGGAAAUAUGAAGUAGACGGUGGUCCUCGACGAGGCCGCCUGAACACAGAACAGCUUUUGCCAAAACUUUUUGAUGGCUGCUACUUUUAUUUCCUGGGAACAUUUAAAGAGCACAAGAAAGACGACCUCAAAGAACUGGUGAAAGCUGGAGGAGGACAGAUUCUCCUAAGAAAGCCUAAAUCAGACAAUGAUGUCACUCAGACAAUCAAUACAGUGGCCUAUCAUGCUGAGAUGACAUCUGACCAGAGUUUCUGUACACAGUAUAUAAUCUAUGAUGCCUCUUCUAACUACAGACCACAAAAGCUUCGCCAGGGAAAGGUUUGGGAAGUGCCCUCCACGUGGCUUAUUGACUGUGUGAUGGCAUUCCAACUAUUGCCUGUUAAGGAAUCACUUUCCUAGAAUUGUGAUAACAUAAAUGUUGGGAUUUAAAUUUUACUGAAAUUUUAUUAAAAGAUAUUGAAAUUAUGUACUGAAACAAAAAUAGAUACACUUACUUCCAUAUCUAUCUGGAGAUUCAGAUUCUCAAAAUCUAUUGAAUUUUCCUUUUUUGUUCGUGUUCUGUAAACUAUAUUAAUUAUUAUUGUAUGUACUGAAAUUAUUGUCAUUCUGCAUUGAAAUCUUACAAAGUCUCAGAAAGUUCGCUAGUACCAUUCUGAUUACUGUGAUCUUAAUAUGAGCCUCAGCAUGCCAAGAUUAUUUUUUUUCUCAUUCUCUGUAUGGUGAAAUUGAAUUGAAUUGUGAAUUGUCUCUGAAUUUGUUUAAAGAGAUUACUUAGAUCUAUAGCCAUGACUGUGCUUCUGCUGAGAGAUUUGUUUCCCUUUAAUGUUUUCUAUAUCACAAAUAAAUCACAUUCUGAAGCAUUAGCA